AUCUAGUCUAUAGUCUAUUCCCAAAAAUACAGACGUUUUGUGAUUAUGAAUUGUGAUUGUUUGUACUUUGUAGUAACUAAUAAUAUUGGACGAGGUUUUAAUUAGGCGUAUAAAAUAAACAUAUUAACUAUAUUAUUUAGUUGUUUUGAUUUUCACACUAAAAAUAUUUUAUUUUUUUUAGAUUCAGAAACAUUCAGGAAUACAAAAUGUCUGAUACAAGUGAUCUCGAUCGCCAAAUUGAGCAGUUGAAACGAUGUGAAAUAAUAAUGGAGGGCGAGGUUAAAGCACUCUGUGCGAAGGCCCGUGAAAUACUUGUUGAAGAAAGCAAUGUACAGCGAGUAGAUUCCCCAGUCACGGUGUGCGGUGAUAUUCAUGGUCAGUUCUAUGACUUGAAAGAAUUAUUCAAAGUUGGUGGUGAUGUACCUGAGACAAACUAUUUAUUUAUGGGAGAUUUUGUUGACAGAGGAUUCUAUUCUGUAGAGACGUUUUUAUUACUUCUUGCAUUAAAGGUUCGAUACCCAGAUCGCAUUACAUUAAUUAGAGGCAACCAUGAGUCAAGGCAGAUAACACAAGUGUACGGAUUUUAUGAUGAAUGUUUACGGAAAUAUGGUUCAAUCACUGUUUGGAGGUACUGCACAGAAAUAUUCGACUACCUGUCGUUGUCGGCGAUAAUAGACGGCAGAAUAUUCUGUGUGCAUGGUGGUCUCAGCCCUUCGAUUCAGACACUGGACCAGAUUCGCACUAUCGACCGCAAACAGGAGGUGCCGCAUGAUGGACCUAUGUGCGAUCUAUUGUGGAGUGACCCUGAAGAUACCCAGGGCUGGGGCGUAUCACCUCGCGGAGCGGGUUACCUGUUCGGCUCUGAUGUCGUAGCGCAGUUCAACGUGUCGAACGACAUCGACAUGAUAUGCCGCGCGCAUCAGCUAGUCAUGGAGGGGUAUAAGUGGCACUUCAAUGAGACCGUCCUCACCGUGUGGUCUGCGCCGAAUUAUUGUUAUAGAUGUGGUAACGUAGCAGCAAUAUUAGAAUUGAACGAGAAUCUUCAACGCGAGUUCACGAUAUUUGAAGCGGCGCCGCAAGAGUCUCGAGGCGUUCCCUCCAAAAAGCCUCAGCCCGACUACUUCUUAUAAUGUCUCCUACAGUAACAUUACCCUAGAGAAAGUUUAAGUGUUGGUGGAAUAUGAAACACAUCAAAUGUAUAACUGAAGAUAUAAGUGAUUAUAAUUUAAUAAUUUACUAGUAGUUUUUUUCUAAACAUAGCACUUUUAAAUGAUAAAAAACUGCUGAUAACUUUGAAGGUAAAUAAAUUAGUAUAUACAUAAUAUGUGUAAGUAAUAGAAUUCUUUGUUUGUUUAUAUUUAGAAGCAUACCUACAGUUUGAAUGAUUCAAUAGUUAUGGAUAUCAUCAUCUUCAGAUAUACAUUUGUGUGUUGUUAUUAUCUGAUUGUCUUUGUGUUAGUGACAAAACAUUUUAAUGUGGAAUUGUUUUGUGAUUUUAAGACUGCCAAGUGUAACAAUUUAAGCUGUGAGUGACUAGAAGUACAUGGCGUGUCCUUUUUGUUAGCAAAUUGUUUGUAUGCGAGUUAUCAUACUAGGUUAUAUAUGGACAUAUUUAGAGGUACAAAAAAGGUACAGAUCGGCAGUUAAAACAUUUUUUUCCUUUUUAAACAAGAACCUUACGAUGAAUAAAGUGCUUAUAAUUUUAAUACUUACGUGUGAAAUAAUAUUUAACUUUUGAUCUGUUUCAGUUUUGUACCGUACCUCUGAUUGUGUCCUUGAGCGUAUUUUUCAGUGCGAAACGUAAUAAGAAAAGUUGAAUGAUAGAAAAGAUGUAAAAGACAUUAUGUUUCUCGUAUUUAAACAAAAUGGUCAAUAGAAAAUUGUACUAUUGUGCUUAGUUCAAGCUGUUACAAUGAAGAACCAUAUUAUUAAUUCUUGAAUGUUACAUUGAAACUUCAAUACUAACAAGGUUUUUUAAAAGGUGGAACUAGUUUCAUGAGGAUUAUGGUACUUAACUAUUUAGAAUUAUUGUAAACCCUUUCAACAUCAGCAUAUAUUUAUUGUUUUGAAACAUUAAAUUCUCGGUUCCUCUUUUUAAAUUACUUUGUUUAAGUCGGUCAUUAUUUCAUUAUUUUAUCAAUGUGAUACAUUCAUUACUUCUAUGUUCAUAUAUAACUCUCAUUUGCUUUGUUUAACAAGAACUCUUCUAUCACAUUCAACUUUUCUAAUUUUUGUAUUUAUUUAUUUCACUUUAAUAAGAGAAACAUUAACUUACACCUGUAUAGAUAAUUUGCUAAGUAUCUCAUUAUUUUACGAUAAAUACUAAUUUAUUAUUUGAUCAGAACUUGGCUGUAAUCAAUGUAAUUAUAACCGAGUUCUAACGUCUGAAAUGUUAAAUAUAUUUAAUUCAAAUAAAAAAUUCUGCAUUAACACUUUGCAAAGAGUUAGCAUAAAAAGCAGUAUGUGAUAAAUCACUGCCAGAUGCUCCAUAAAUUAAAAUAGAUAUAAAAAAUAGUUGCUAGUGUAUGUUGUGUACUGUGGGUGAUUUGAUAUUUAGAUUUAAAUUGUGAAUAUUUGAAGCUAUUAGUUCAUUUCAUACAACUUACCUUCUAACUUUAUCGAACAAAUUCAUUUAGCUAUAAUAAAUAACUUCCAUUUAUGUAAUCGACUACAUUCAAUUUACCUGGGGUCACUCAAUUGCCUGCAAACAUUCGUAUAAUGUACGAAUGGUGCCGCUAGUCUAUGGAGAAAACAUUUGCAAAUGUCGCCGUACACGUGUAGGUUUGCGUUCGAAUUCGAAGGAAAGUGAAUGAACCACAUAAGAAGCACUGAAUAAACAACGAUUGUCUAGUGUGAA